UCCCUCAUUUCCUCUUCUUUCUUUCUGUCGACUGUCGCCGUUUCCUUUCAUCUUCCUCUCUAUUUUCUCUCCACUCAAGCACGCGAGCAUUGAUUUAGCUCAAAAAUCUCGUCGAUUCCCCACGAAAUCCUCUCCAUCCACUGGUUUAUCGCUAGUAGGCAAUCAUUAAUCCUCCAAUUUGGCCAAUCGGAGGCUGUUUUGCCGCCGAUUUGGCCGGGAAACAACAUGCAAAACCCUAAAAUGGCUGUUGCAAUCUUCGAUUCACAAUUAUUGGGAGAAAUCGGCGUGAUAUCAUCACAGAUGACAGAUAAGUUCCUUCUCCCUUUUCCUUUCAUUUUCCUAUCUAUUUCAUCUUCUUUUGCUUUCAUAUAUUUAGUAACCCUGUCGAUCGAUUUCAGGAUCACCCGCAACCUCAGUUAUAAGUUCUUCCGUUCAUCAUUACCUUCACUCAACUCAGAGCACAAUCGAGGUUCGCAUCAGGCAUCAACUCCCCAUCUGCAGUCUGGUAAAAAAAUCCUACCUCUCCAUAUUACAGAGUCAAAGGCUGAUGUUGAUGCAAUGGAAGGAUUGUUUUCAGCUCUAGCACUUGCAGAUACAAGUACAAGUGCUGAAGAUCAAACAUAGAGUAAGUUAGUUGGUUCUUCAAUUCGUUUCCUUGUUAAUUUUAGUUCAAUUCUCUUAACACCUUUGUUUCCUUACUUGCUAACAAGAGGAACUUGGCAAUAUGAACCGCCCACUAUCCCUAGAUGAUUGAUAGUUUGAGAAAAACCAGUGCAAAGGUAAAAUGCUAGUGAUCAGUAGCACAAUACUUACGGUUGAUGAGUUUUACUCAUAGUUUCAAUUCUCUAACUGAUAAGCCGUUAAUUGCACAUGUUUUUACCCCUAUUCUGGAGCCGUUUGAGGUGUUGAUUCUCGUGUUUUAAGCCGAUUUCACGCUAGGUUGUGUUUGUUUGUGAUAUUUCAGGUCCUAGCAAGUGAAUGAAGGUUUAGGAGCGAGUUCAGGCUUGAUUGGACGAAGAUCGGGCGCGAGGCAAGUCAAAAAGGAAGCCACACGGGCACACCCACAACUCACACGGCCGUGCAAGUGACCUAUUUGGCCGUGUGGAAGUGUGCGAGCCUUCACACGGCUUGCCCUGAAAUCCACACGGCCGUGUGAAGGAGUGGUUUGGCCGUGUGGAAUUCUGCGAGGCUUCACACGGCCAGGCAGAGUGAUCCACACGGCCGUGUGACCCUGGCCGUGUAGGUUGACUGAAGUCCAAUUAAUCGAUACGCGGCGUUUUGACCUCACACGGGCAACUGGGUACGUCACACGGCCGUGUGGCCCUGCCCGUGUGAGUCGGGAAUUCCUGGUUUUAACCCAAUUUCGGGCUGGAAGUGAGAGGAUCGGACUUUUGGAGCAAAAACAGAGCCCUAGAGAGAGAAAGUACGAAGAACACAUCCUAGAAGCUAUCUUGGAGGUGAGUUUCAUCAAAUCAAGCUUGGAGAUCGUC